AAGGAAACUCGUUCAGUAGUUAGACACGCUUCCCAUUCUUAAGACCUUAAGCUCGGCCUGCUGUGUGGCGUCGAAUUGGAAUACAAGUUAUGAUGUCGCAUCGGCAACAUGUUCCCACGCGCGGCACGGACGCGGACUCACUCCGACCCGUCAGUGCAUCGCUCGCCCGAUGCAGCUUUUGGUCUCACUUUCAUCCUUCGUUACUGUGCGAGUGUAGCCGCUGAAGUGCUACGUAAUACCGGGCUAGUCAUAACAACAGUGAUUGAACAUUCAAUUGAUCCGAACUUAAACUCCGGCAGUGGAUCGCUUUCUAUCUUUCUAUUUUCGCUUUUGACUUCCUUGGCUUGUCACCCCAUCACACUGCUGUUUGACUGAUGAGAGACAAGGCGCGGGACGCAGAUUACCGAUGCAGCUAAUUGGAAAUCUAUUCGGCUGCGUCCCCCUUCUUGUCAUUCAGUGUUGAAGAUUGAUUCGCGGCAAUGGAGACUGACGUUCCCAUGCUCUCCUUUUCCGUGCGUCUGAGCAAGCAAGACAUCACGGCGACUUCUAUCGAGAGUUCCAGUAGUCAGAGCACUGCCCCCAAGAUGGGAUCUCCCAGCGUCAUUGGCAUCGUCAAGAAGAUAGCCCAAAUCAAGGAAGGUGCCCCGGAACGCGCAGCCUCCGCACAAAAGCCGCUCGAGCCCCUUACAUUAUCCUUCUUUCAGAAAACGUUAACGACAAACGUUACUGACGCAGAGCCCUCUGAUACCAGCGGCGUUAAUGCGAAGGUCCAUGUCAAGGAGGGCAUUUCCUCAGGUCAGGAGCACGCGGCCCCCGUAAAAAGGUCCCUCGAGGAUGGCAGCAUAUCCGAACUCCACAUCCAGGAGCCUGGCCCCGUCUCUGAUCAAACGUUCACGAGGAAGUCUAUCACCCUUGAUGCCGGUCCCGCCAACGUCGGUGGACAGGAUGCUCUUCUGUACAUGACGCGACGGACCCCUGUGGAAAAGCGGUCGGAGUCUUACCAUGAUACGGCCUCUUAUUUGGUUCCUCGCCCUUUUGGUGGAAUGCAAAUAUUCGUUAAGACUCUCACUGGUAAAACGAUCACACUGGACGUCAAGUCUUCGGAUACCGUUAACACUCGCCUGAUUUUCGCCGGGAAGCAGCUCGAAGAUGGUCGCACGCUUUCUGAUUACAACGUUCACCGAGAGUCGACAUUGCACUUGGUCCUUCGCCUUCCUGGGGCCUGAUUUCGAUGGCAAGUAG